AUUUAUAACGCCUUGCAUCCCAAGCUAGAACAGCAUUGUGUCUCCUCCACAGACAUGGCAUCUGCAUUUUGCUCACUUUGUCCCACUCCCACCUCCUUAUUCUCUUCCCACGCGCUUAUACCCACUCUACAGUGGCGUUCGAGUUCGAGUUCGAGGUCUCCUCCGCUACAUAUUUCCCGCGUUUUAUCAGUUGAAACUGUUCCUUUAAGCCCAUCAUUCACCUGGAACGAUGUUUUUGAGAACAGUCGAAAAGAAUACGUGCCUCAGAACUCCUCCGAUCUCACCGGAUUUCUCGAGAAAGUCGACCGCUGUAAUCGUGGAUUAGAGAAGUUAGGUGAGUUCAUUCCAUUUGUUAUAGAGGAACAAAUCGUUGGUUAUAUUCACAAGGGAUUUACAAAGUACUUGAGGGACUUUAAUGAUAUCUUUACAUUUUCACAAUAUGGUGGCCAUGUAACGCUUAACAUGAUGCUUGACAAGCCUGAAGAAAGAACCAGAGCAGUUGCACAUGUGAUCAAAAUAUUGGGUAACAAAGGAAUCAUCCCUGGGAUACGAAAUGAGCUAUAUCCUGUGAAGCCAUCGUUUAAUGCUCCUGCCUUUUUUUCUAUAGAGCGUGCUGCUGCUCCUUAUUUUGGAUUGAAGGGUUACGCAAUUCAUGUGAAUGGGUAUGUAGAAAGAGAUGGACAAAAAUUUCUAUGGAUAGGUAAAAGAAGUCUAGCAAAAUCCACUUAUCCAGGAAAACUUGAUCAUCUGGUUGCUGGAGGAUUGCCUCACGGGAUUAGCGUUUGUGAGAAUCUAGUAAAGGAAUGCGAAGAGGAAGCUGGGAUUUCCAAAGUCUUGGCUGAUAGGGCGAUUGCGGUCGGUGUUGUUUCCUACAUGGAUAUCGAUCGGUACUGUUUCACACGUGAUGUGCUGUUUUGUUAUGAUUUGGAACUCCCUCAAGAUUUUGUUCCCACAAAUCAAGAUGGAGAAGUUGACAGCUUCAGGUUGAUUCCAGUCGCUCAAGUUGCUAAUGUGGUUCGGAAGACUAGUUUUUUUAAGGACAGUUGUUCCCUGGUCAUUAUUGACUUCUUGUUUCGGCACGGGUACUCACUCUUUUCUCCCAAAAUUUCUACCUCAGAAGAAACAUGUUACUUACCAUUAUAUAUUGCGGGACUUUUAUGCUCUCGCCGCGGAUAGUAACAUCCUUAUGAGCAAUCUCCAAUUCCCUUUGGCAAUACAUUCUGUUCCAUUUUGUCUAUGCAGGUUAAUCAGACCAGAGUCACCGGGUUACUUGGAUCUAUACCGACGCCUGAGGAAUGGAGAUUGCUCAUAAGGACGUUACUUUCUAUCUAAUGUUUUAAAGAAAAAGCUCACUCUCUAAUAAAUUAAUAUUAGAUACUCUGACUAUGUAAUAAGACUCAUGCAUGUAUAUAAUAUUCAGAGUCUUCAUGUGCCUUCAUGAACAUAUAUAUACCAAUCAAGGAAGUUAUAAAACUUCAUUUAUACA